UGGGAGGCCCAAGGAAUGUAUGAAGUGAACUUUCAUGUUAGCACACCAUCAUCUUCACGCAAACGGCAUGAGAUGGGAAGAGGCGGCAAAGAAAAAGAAGAGAAAUAUGGAGGAGUCUCACUUUAGGAUGAAAAGAGGUGUAGCAAGAUAUUCCUUCUACGCAAAGAGCUCCGGAAUCUGAAGAAUCCAACGUCGAAGAUCGUUCAUAACGAUCGUAAUCUUUAAGGGGUCAGUGGUCACUGAUUGCAUGAUGAUGAAUUAACAUUCGACACUUGUCUGAUAUGAGACCGUCGACAUUGCUAUGACAAUACAAAUAAUGAAAAUGCUUGGGGAUGAUAUAGCAACAGCAAUAAUGGGAGAGAAAUAACGACGCAAAUAAUAUGCCUGAGAAGGAGAAACGCACAGGUUAUGUGUGGAAAUAAUAGAUUGUAGCUUAAGAAGUUAACGAUGUUUGAAGUGCCAUUCAUGAUUCAUCAUAUCGUCAGGGGCACAAUAUACAAUUCCGAAUGAGUCGGUGAAGCUGCAAAGGUUGGACUGAUCAGUGAUCACUUAUUAAGCCCGGUCUAAGCUUGAAAUCUAAUAAGUAGCGUGAAUGGGAAUCACAUCAUUCUACAGUCAUUAGGAAUCUGAAGUGAUAUUGACAAUGGAUGGACGGACGAACUACUGCAGGUCGUCCUGCAAUCGCUGAUCUAUACUGCUGAUCGCAAUACUGCUGAUCGCUGUGAAAUGAACGCCUGAAAUAUCUUUGCGGCCUGAGCUUACAAUGUAGUGCAAUGUCCACGUGGAGCUACCUACCUACUUUACGAAAUCUCUCCGACGUUCUACACACCAGCCCGUGUUUCUGAGCAGGGUUGCAGUGUGCAGAAUCACUCCUGUCAUUUGGCGGCCGCAAUAUGACCCGCUUUGUGGGUGCACGAGCCGACGGCCGGCCGUCUGAGUGACAGCCAUCGUGCGCGCGGACCUCGACCUAUGGCCCUCCGGCGGGCGCUGUCACGGGCCCCACGGCGUCACACGGCUGUCACAGACACGGCCGUUACGCCCACAGGGUCUGGCCGUGGCGGGAUAAAACGGCCCCCUGCCAACCGACAAUCGCAGCUCCCUGCCAGCUCGGCUUCGCUCACACAUCCCGCAGAGUUUCAGUCAUGCUGCGACUUCCGCUUGCUCUCGCCCUCCUGUUGGCGGCCUCCGCCUAUGGAAACGUCCUCUUCGCUCGCAGCGGCUGCGGCUGCCUGCGCAACCCCGUCGCCGCGAAGCUGACCGGCGAAGAGAUCUCCCACCUGCGCGGCUACGUGAAAGAACGUGGUGUGAAACACUACGACGUGCUCAGCAACGAUGCCCUCCAAGCCAUCUUCCGCUUCAACCUCAUCAACAACUUCCCGGACGUGGUGCCGGCGACACGCACUGGCGUCCUCCAGAUCAUCAGCGAGUCUCUGAACACGCUGACCGAUGCCGUGGUGCCCAGUGUACCGCAGUGUGGGAAGAUCGCUGGAUACCUGCAGAAAUCGGUCCCUGGCCUGGCGGCGGGAGGCGUCAGCCUGGACCUGCGCUCGCUGGUGGCGUCAGCAUCGGUGAUCCUGCACCAGCGGGGUGUGACGGUGAACCUGGAGCAGCUGAACGUGCUGCUCAAAAGUGGACUGGCUGCAUAUCUGCAGUCGACCGCCUACCAGUCGAGCUACGGCAGCCUUAUCCAGCUGAUCUCUGCCCUGGAUCACAUCGACCACAACCUGCCCAACAUCCUGGACCAGGAGUCGCUGAUUGUGGUCCGUCGCGCUCUCGAGUCGCGCUUCAACCUCGACCGCGAGAUCUUCGACAACCGCUACAAGCUGGCUAUCAAGGCCUUCGAGGAGAACCGCCGCCGUCUGUUGGCUAGCUUCAACACUCUGGCGUACCGCGGACCCAACUACGAGACCAAUGUGCAGCUGGUGAUCAAGCAGAUGCUGACCAUCUUCUCCGGAAUCUCGGCCAAGACCGUACGCAUCAUCCUCAACAUUCUGCAGCUCACCAACUCUGCUGGUGGUAAGGCGACUCCGAAGGAUCUGCUGGCCAUGAUCACCGUGCCGAAACUGGACGUCAGCAUCCGCAAGAUCACCGAAGCCGCCGCCAACCGUGUCUACCUGAAGCUGCCGGAGCAUCACCAGGGUCUCACCAUCGACGACAUCAAGGGGGCCUAUUCCCUCUUCAUCAUCGCCCUGGCGUCCCAGGGCGUCCAGCCUCUGCAACUGGAGGCUACCUACGAGGCCUUCAUCUGGCACACACAGCGAUUCUUCCUGGUCACGCGCAUCUACUCCGUGCAGGCGUAUCUCCUCUACGUGAUGCAAGUGGUGACGCCGUUGAUCCCACGUGGAUCUCAGUCCUUCCGUCUUCACAUCUUCGACAGCUCCGUUGUCAUUGAUAACAUCCUGGUCCCAGAGGGUCUGGCCAGCAUCUACGAGGAGGGACGCCAGACAAUCAUCAAGCGCAUCCGUGGCCUUCAGGGAAGCAGCAGUGACAUCACGAACCGUAUCAUCGGAGGCCAAGGAGAGAAGGGAGUUAUUGGAAACGACCUCAAGUUCCAGACCAUUGUUCCCGCUGACGUUCCGGGCUAUGACCAGUUCGAGUACCAGAACGUCAUCCUGUCAGCUGUCCAGAUGAGGGAGAUUGCUAGCGUCCUGAUACAACGCUUCAACCAGCUGAAGCAGCCUUCCCUGCAGCUGUCGCUGAUGCGAAUCAUAAUUCACGCCAACGUCAUCCCGAACAGUGGUGCCGCCGCUGCUGCCGCCUUCCGCCGUCUGUUCCGUGGACUGCCGGCCUACUCUGGUCCGACUGACCUCAGCUUCGUCCUCACACAGCUGAGCGAGAACCGCCUGCAGCUGACGGAGACCCAGCUGCUCGCCGGCAUCCAGCAGUUCUACGUGGCUUCUCGCUGCCUCGGCUACGUCAUCCCGCAGCAGACCAUCCCCAGUGUCUUCCUGUACACCGUUCGGGAAUACCUGUCGACGCUGGCGUCAGUCCCGGCUCAGCCGUUCGGAGAUGGAUUCCUUGAGUUCCUGUACCAGCGUCUCGCCGGCAUCAUCAGACAGGUGACGGUGGUUGACCAGAAGGUGCCCAUUGAUGACUACGUCUCCCAGAAAAUCUUCUCGGUGUUUGGCAGCAGCGUGCGUAUCAGUGUGGAAGCCAGACGUACCAUCAUCCGCUUCAUCCACAACUCAGACCUUCUGCCGAAAGUUGGGCAAGGAGUGUCGGUGGUCGCCCAGUACCAGCGUCUGCUCAAGUCUCUCUUCAAGCGUUACCCGAUCGGCACUUUCAUUCUGAGCACCAAGGAGCUGGUCUACAUCCGAGCUGAGCUGAAGAAGGCUGGUAUCAGCGUUGACAUCAAGUAUCUGCGUGAUGCCAACGUUAUGGCCUACAUAGGCUUGGGUCUGCUGAACCGUCUGGAAAAGUCCCUGACUGUGAUUCGCGUUCGCCAGAUUGUGCUCAGCUCGAUUCGCUACUUCCUGCGCAUCAACAAGGUCAGCAACAUCCCGAGCGUGGAGUUCUUCCGCGUCCUGCUGCACCAGUACAAGGUGCCGGUGCCUCAGCUGCCGGUGCCCAAGAGACCCGUCAUCCAGUACCCCGAGUACACUCGGGCGCCGAUCUACAUUCUCUCUGGUAUCAGCCUCCCGGUGAAGCAGGUUGAGCAGCUGGUGGUCAUCCUCCGAACCCGCUUCGUCUUCGUCUCCAUUGAGAAUGUGCAGUCGAUCCUGGCACACACUGUUCUGCUUCUCCGCGCCAGCGGACAGGAGAUCGUGCAGAAGAACUGCUACGAGGUCCUCACGCGCUACUACAGAGGCCUGCCCAAGAGCAUCUCCGUUGGCGAGUUUGACAUCGAGGACCUCGUGAAGGAGAUUGACGACCAGCUGAAGGACGCCACCAUCUCUGGUACUGGCGUGCAGUCGGCCCUCGUGGAGCUGUACCUCCACAUGUACUAUCUGAAGAUGCCUCUUCCGAGCGUCAAGGUUCGUGAUGGCUUCCUCAGCUUCGUCAUCGGUGCUUACGGCAAGGUGCAGGUCCGUCGCCAGCUGCCCUUCGGCAAGCUCUUCUACGACUUCCUGCAGGACUUCCUGCCGAAGCUGCCUGGCUACCUGAAGCCUUUCCCGAUCUUUGCCGGCCCGCAGGUCUACAAGGUGUUCCACUCGACGCUGAAGACUCCCGUCUACCCGUCGGACAUUCCCCUCUACUUCCAGCUCUUCCGUCGUGUGACGAAGGGAAGUCUGACGAUGGGCAGUCUGCAGAGCUCACUGUCUGGCCUCAGCCUUCUGCCGGGCCUGACCUCAGAGGAGCUCUCUAGCAUCAUCGAUUUGGUAAAGGGAAAGCAGCUCAAGGUUAGCCAGACUGAGAUCCGCCGUGCCUUUGCUAUCUGCCGACUAUCUCUCGGUCUCAGCAGUGUCAAGAUCUCGCGCUCUAAGCUGAUCAGCAUCUUCCAGGAGGUGGUGAUCAGCAUUGUGCAGAAGUACAAGAGCCUGCUGGUUGUCAGCUACGUGGAGCAGAUCCUUCUCCGCAUCAGAACUUACGGACCCAAGUAUCGCCCCGUCCAGCCGAUCACACCCAUCAAGCCUGGAUACCUAUGCAAGAACAGCAAGUACAUCCGCUGCUAGACGAACUUAAAUCGGCUGACGCGCGCUAGGACUAUGACUGAUGAUUCGUGAUUGCCUUGCCAGAACUAGACGAUAUUGCCUUAUGCUGCCGCCGUAUGUCAUCCCCUGUCGGUGUGCGCCGAAGUGGCGCUGCCCAACAUCUUCGGGAGCAGUAGUGUUGUAUUGGAUGUGUGAUGUAAUAUUAAUAAAACGAUGAUGGCACAA